AUGAGUUCUACUGAAGGUGGUAUUGUUUUCAAGGGUGACUUUCAGCACAUUCUGCGUAUCCUGAACACUAACGUGGACGGUACACGGAAGAUCUGGGUGGCGUUGACGGCUAUCAAAGGCGUGGGCCGUCGGUUCUCGACAUUAGUGUGCAAGAAGGCAGGUAUCGAUGUGAACCGUCGUGCAGGAGAGAUGACUCUGGACGAGGUAGAGAAGCUGACCGCGAUUAUGCAGAACCCCGAGCAGUUCCAGAUCCCCGUUUGGUUCUUUAACCGUAAGCGCGACAUCCGGGACGGCGUUAACCGCCACCUUGUUUCCAACGCCGUCGACUCCGCACUCCGUGAAGACCUUGAACGCAUGAAGAAAAUGCGCUCCAACAGAGGUCUGCGUCACUUCUGGGGCUUCCGCGUCCGCGGUCAGCAUACCAAAACCACCGGCAGGUACGGCCUCCAGGCACAUCUCGCCAAACUCAAGAAGUAG